GAUUAGCAUCGUCACGUGCCAACUUGUUUCUGUGUUGCCCUGAGAAACAAUGGCUGAAGGACGGCCAUUGAUGUUUUAACCCUAAAUACUGUCGCAGAUACACUGGAUCUACCACCAGAUGGCUUUAAGCACGUGUUUACCAACACGAAAAUCUGCGGGUUGAAAUAAACUAGCAUAAUAAAUCAUUCUAUCUAGAGCGACCUGACACUCGGCUGUACUGUCAUGAAGCUGAUGAAGUGGAUGGAGGGACACUUCAGUCGCUCCCGACGGAAGGGGAGCAAGGAGAGAGAGAAAGAGCCACGGACACAUGAACCAGAAAGGUUGUCACACCCAGAUGUGAACGAUAACACUUAUACCAGUUGUUUCUCCCAACAAGUUGCAACUCAACUCCCAGGGGGAUGUUAUACCCCUCAACCCCUCUCAAGACAAGUGAAGAAAGUGCCUAACAUUCGCACGAGCUUCUUAGAUCUCGCUGCCGUGCAUGACGUCAAUUCUCCACGACAGCGAUCACGUAUUCGAACCAAUCCGUGGCUUAGUUCCACUAGAAGUUCCAUCUGUAGUUCCGUGGACAGCGGUUGGGGCAGUUCUCCGUCCUCAAGUCCUUCCGAGAGUUCCGAAACAACCGAGACACAAAAUAGAACACUUGGACCGUGUGUUUUAUCGUCGUCCAUAGGACGUGGUCGUGACGUUAGCCUGAUUUCAACUCCACAAUUAUCAUUCCCUGAAGUUUCGAUCACAAGAGACUCUGACCAGCUGUCAAGUACCACAUCCAAAUCUAGCUCAGACCUCCGGAUCAUUCAAGGACUUGGUCCUCCAGCAUUGCCUUUCUCUAGUAAGCACGGACCACAGAAUCCAACAUUUGACGUUAAUGAAGCGUUUCCUGAACAGCUUUCUGAAAACGGUGAACAAGACAAGAACUCUAUUCUGGAAGUGUUAAGUAAUCCGGUGGUAGAUGGUGCGUGUUCUAGCACCACUUCCAGAACUUCCACGAUUCACAUCAACAACAUUUCGGAAUCACUGGACGACAAAGUGAAGCGCUUACGAGCCGAGCGCUGUCUCGUCCAGGAGAAAAUCAACCAGAUUCGUGAAGAACAGCAGUUACGGAAGGAAGAAGGGAUGAUGCUUCAUCAGGAGCUUUUAGAAUAUCGCAGGAUGCUUUUGUUGCGUACUUUGAAAGGCCUUCGUCUUCGUGUGGAGCAACAAAACGAAAGGUUACUAAGGGCGUAUAGCACAACCCAAGAACUGAGGAUAAAAUGGACAGAAACGUAGGUGUCGUACGAAUAAUUAUUUCUAUUGACAAUGGCUGUACAUCAUCACUAUGAUUUGUAGCUUAAAUGUGAUGAUGUUCACACGACUGCUGAAUGCUCUCCAAAUAUUGUAUUUUCCCUUUCCCUCUACACUUAAAUUCAAGUAAUUCAAUGCAAAAUUAAAAGAUGUUAGAAGUAAAUAUUGGGACAACUGAACCACAAUCGUAAAACUGAGACUGUUCUGGUGGCCUAUAAUUUGUUCUGAGACUGUUCUGGCGGCCUAUAAUUUGUUCUGAGACUGUUCUGGUGGCCUAUAAUUUGUUCUGAGACUGUUCUGGUGCCCUAUAAUUUGUUCUGAGACUGUUCUGGUGCCCUAUAAUUUGUUCAACAUGAUACGAAAUUUUCUUGCUUUUAGGAUUCUAGUAAACAGCUAAUUGUUCAAAAUCCUUCCAGUUCAUGUCAGUUGUUCACAAUUCUUCUAAUUCGUGGAUAACGAUUUUCUUGGAGAAAGUUGGUGGAGAGAUAUAGCUGUUGGAGUAUUAUUAGGGAGUUGUAUCAUGUUACUGAAGAAAGAUUACUGCAACAACACAGUGUGUCUAAAGUAAAGUUUUACUGUUGGAAUUUGAAUUCUAUGGAUCUUAUGCUUUCACUUUCAAAACAGCACUUGAAAAAAGUGUGAUGUUUUCAUUGUUACAAAGCAUUCUUACAUAAGUAAGUUGUUUUAAUUGUUACAAAAGCAGUCUUUAACAAGUGCGGUAUUUACAUUGUUACAAAAGCAGUCUUAUAUAAGUGUGGUGUUUACAUUGUUACAAAAGCAGUCUUUAACAAGUGUGGUAUUUUCAUUGUUACAAGAACAGUCUUAUAUAAGCGUGGUGUUUUCAUUGUUACAAGGGCAGUCUCUAACAAGUGUUGUAUUUACGUUGUUACAAAAGCAGUCUUUAACAAGUGUGGUUUUUACAUUGUUACAAAAGCAGUCUUAACAAGUGUGGUAUUUACAUUGUUACAAAAGCAGUCUUUAACAAGUGUGGUAUUUUCAUUGUUAGAAGAACAGUCUUUAACAGGUGUGGUAUUUUCAUUGUUACAAGAACAGUCUUAUAUAAGUGUAGUGUUUUUAUUGUUACAAGAACGGUCUUUAACAAGUGUGGUAUUUACAUUGUUACAAAAGCUGUCUUUAACAAGUGUGGUAUUUACAUUGUUAGAAAAGCUGUCUUUAACAAAUGUGGUAUUUUCAUUGUUACAAGAACAGUCUUAAAUAUAUAUGAUGUCUUCAAUGUUGUGACAAGAUCAGCUUUAAGCGAAUAGUGUUUCAUCAAAAUCUACAUUUGGGUUGUUAAAUUGUACUAGAAUAUCCAAGCAGCUUUAAAACAACUUUAUCACCAGAACCAAGAUUCUAUAGGCAGAUAACCAUCACAAUAAGCUCCAGAUUGUGUCCUUCGCUUACAAUACCCACAGUUCUCAGAAGAAAAAAAUCUAUCUAUAGUUGUUUGUCGUCUGUAUUGAAAACGAUUUCCAUCCUUCGGUCAACCCUGAAAGUUUUAAACAGAGCAAGUAUAUACCGGGAUCGAGUUGUUGUUUCGAAAUAUUUAAGAAGAUAAAUUUUCAUUAUGCCACAUUGAUUACUAUAAGACAACUAUUAUGAACUUAUGAAACGAACACUAAUGUUUGUCCAAGCUUGGAUGAAUAAAAUUUCCGAAAAUAAAUUUACACUUAUCGUCAAUUAAAUCAUUAUUUAAUGAAAUCUCAGUAUUAGCACAGCUAGCUACAGGAAAUAAUCCAACUCCAACUGAUAGAAUCACUGAAAUCUUAUCGUGCUUUACGUGGUAUAUUAACAGCGUGACAAACGAUUGUUUCAUCUGAUAGAAUUAAUGAAAUCUUAUCGUGCUUUACGUUGUAUAUUAACUACGUGACAAAGAUUGUUUCAUCUGAUAGAAUCACUGAAAUCUUAUCGUACUUUACGUGGUAUAUUAACAACGUGACAAAGGAUUGUUUCAUCUGAUAGAAUUACUGAAAUCUUAUCGUACUUUACGUGGUAUAUUAAUAACGUGACACAAGAUUGUUUCAUCUGAUAGAAUUACUGAAAACUUAUCGUACUUUACGUGGUAUAUUAACAACGUGACACAGGAUUGUUUCAUCUGGUAGAAUUACUGAAAUCUUAUCGUACUUUAUGUGGUAUAUUAACAACGUGACACAGGAUUGUUUCAUCUGGUAGAAUCACUGAAAUCUUAUCGUACUUUACGUGGUAUAUUAACAACGUGACAAAGAAUUGUUUCAUCUGAUAGAAUCACUGAAAUCUUAUCGUACUUUACGUGGUAUAUUAACAACGUGACAAAGAAUUGUUUCAUCUGAUAGAAUCACUGAAAUCUUAUCGUACUUUACGUGGUAUAUUAAGAACGUGACACAGGAUUGUUUCAGCUGAUAGAAUUACUGAAAUCUUAUCGUACUUUACGUGGUAUAUUAACAACGUGACAAAGGAUUGUUUCAUCUGUUAGAAUCACUGAAAUCUUAUCGUACUUUACGUGGUAUAUUAACUUUUUUGCCUAAAUUGACAUACUAAAAUAACUAAUUCUACGUUAGGCUCAGCUUAUUAUGUUGAAAGAUUGCUUAUUUUCCCGCCUACAUAUGUCGAAGUAUAGAAAACCAACGUGACUCUCCAGGAGUAAAGCGACAUCUUCUGGUCAACAAAUGAAGUGCCCUAGUAAACAUAAUAUUCUUACAUUCCAGAUUGUAUAGUCUAUGUUCGUGUAAUUGGUGUAUGCAUUUUUAGUGUAAUUUAUCCUGCAAUAUGGUACUUAUAGAUGUAAAAAUAAAAUGAGCUGGAAUUCAAACAAACUUAAAAUAUUAUAUUAGUAAUUUGAUUAUCCAAAAUAGAUUUCAAAAUACAUUGGAUUUUCAAUUAAAACUUAAACGAACUUGAGCUAAAUUAUUUGAUUCACAAUCGCACAAUCGCCACCUGCCGUUAGGCCUUUAAAGUUAAAAGGUUUCAAAAAAAUAAUCGUAUAAUAUUUUACAUCCAAGUACGUAAGUUAAAUAAUAUUUCAUACACAAUAAUGAAAAUUUAAAUAUUCCAACAAUAGUUUUACAGCCGGUAAUGACAGUCGAAAUAUUUGUACAAUGUUUUACAUCGAAGUAUAGAAGUUGAAUAUUCCAACAAUAUUUCAUACACAAUAAUGAAAAUUUAAAUAUUCCAACAAUAGUUUUACAGCCGGUAAUGGCAGUCGAAAUAUUUGUACAAUGUUUCAUAUACAAAGUU